AUGGCUAUUGCCCACCUGGCGACGGAGUAUGUAUUCUCGGACUUCUUACUGAAGGAUCCCACCGAGCCCAAGUUUAAGGGGCUGCGGCUGGAGCUGGCUGUGGACAAGAUGGUCACCUGCAUCGCCGUGGGGCUGCCCCUGCUGCUCAUCUCGCUGGCCUUCGCCCAGGAGAUCUCGAUUGGUACCCAGAUCAGCUGCUUCUCACCAACCUCUUUCUCCUGGCGUCAGGCCGCCUUCGUGGACUCAUACUGCUGGGCUGCGGUCCAGCAGAAGGACUCCCUGCAGAGCGACUCCGGGAACCUCCCACUGUGGCUGCACAAGUUUUUCCCCUACAUCCUUCUGCUGCUGGCGAUCCUCCUGUACCUGCCGUCCCUCUUCUGGCGUUUCGCGGCUACUCCUCACCUCUGCUCGGAUCUCAAGUUCAUCAUGGAGGAGCUUGACAAAGUUUACAACCGUGCAAUUAAAGCCGCCCAGAGUGUCCGAGACCUGGACCUGAAGGACAGUGCCUGCCCGGUGCCGGCUGACAACGUGGGGCAGAGUUUGUGGGAGAUAUCUGAGAGUCACUUUAAGUACCCAAUUGUGGAGCAGUACUUGAAGACAAAGAAAAACUCUUUUAAUUUAAUCGUUAAGUACCUCAGCUGCCGAGUGCUGACACUCAUGAUUAUACUGUUAGCGUGUGUCUACCUGGGCUAUUACUGCAGCCUCUCCUCGCUCUCUGACGAGUUUGUCUGCAACAUCAAGUCAGGGAUCCUGCGGAACGACACCUCUGUCCCCGAUCGCUUCCAGUGCAAACUCAUCGCGGUGGGCAUCUUCCAGCUGCUCAGCUUCAUCAACCUGGUGGUUUACGCCCUGCUGGCUCCCAUUGUCGUCUACACCCUGUUUGUUCCAUUCCGACAGAAGACUGAUGUCCUCAAAGUCUACGAGAUCCUGCCCACCUUCGAUGUCCUGCAUUUCAAGUCCCAAGGGUACAACGACCUGAGCCUCUACAAUCUUUUCCUGGAAGAGAACAUAAGUGAGCUCAAGUCAUACAAGUGUCUUAAGAUCCUGGAAAAUAUCAAGAGCAGUGGCCAGGGAAUUGACCCGAUGCUCCUACUCACAAACCUGGGUAUGAUCAAGAUGGACGUUGUUGAUGGCAAAACAUCCAAGACUAUUCCAAGCGCGGUGAGAGAAGAGCAGGAGAAACAGAUGACAGAGCUCCAAGUCAUGAAUCUACACAGUGAAAGCAAUGCGAAUAAUGGAGAGAAGAUUGUCCGGCAAAGACUUAUGGAUUCUUCUUACUGA